CGAUGCGGCGGUGUGCAGAAGGAAGAUGACAAAGAGGGUCACGGGGCAGAUGCCCCUGCUUCACAUAUGGGUCGUGGCGUCGCUCGCUCUCGCCUCAGGAGGGGUUCGAAGGGACCAAGGAGUGCCAGAUACUCAGGCUCACGUAGGACGCAUCUUCAGGUAUAAGCUGCCGGCGGACGCUUUCGAAGGAUCUGUGCAGCGAUACGAAGUGACAGAAGCCGGUGAAAGCCAUCUUCCAUCCUGGUUACAAUUUGAUCCCAAACAGGCAGUUUUCGAAGGCGUUCCAGGAUCAGCGGAUGUGGGGCAGCUCUAUAUAUGCAUCAAAGCUAUCGGUAACUCCACAGCAAAAGAUGUUUUCUCUGUGGAGAUAGCAGACGAGACGGCAACGACGAAUGACUGUCCAUUUGGUAAAUCAGAAACAAUGGUGACUAUUACUGUUGAUGCCACACUUACAGAUUUGCAGCUGUCUGAAAAACUACGUAUGCUACACUCAGUUUCGUCUUUACUCAAUGUACCCGAAUCAAGGUUUCAGUUGUUGUCACUUCAUCGGGAAGACAGCUCUUUCAACCCAGAUGCUAUUCGUGCUGGUCCUGGGAACGCUCUUCAACGAAAUUACGAAGGAAUGUUAAUACAAAUGCCCGUAGGUUGCGAAGGUCAAAUUUUGUCAGCGUUUGAACCUGUAUUGACAAAUAUAGAGAAAACCGCUGCUAACGGUGAACUCGCAGACUUGAUUGGUUAUAUGAUUGUUGGCUGGCAAGUGUCUGGCGCUAACUCAGUAACACAAAUGAGAGAAAAGCGUAAUGUUACUCCGUUUCGCGUCACACCUGUCCCAAAAAUGCAUAUAACUCGAUGGCCAACCAUUACAGAAAGGAUUGAUGAAGAUGAAACUAGGGAAGUGGUGCCAGAAGUAAGAAUUAUCCCUACUAUGUCUUCUCCAUAUUUCGCCGUCCCGUCAACAUACGAUCACAAACAUAGGCAUCAUCAUGGCCAAGAUCCACUCAGACGGACACACAUUUUACCUACCACUGAACUGUUUGCUUCUCCUACCUAUCGUUAUCACACUCUCCCCACACAGAAGCAUGAAUUCAGUGGAACAGCAAUGCCGACACCAGUGCUGUAUCCAGAAAGACCUACAUCUGCUAUUAUACCCACUAGAAUUUAUGACAUCGACGGGACUAUUACAAUCAAAAGACCACGCCCACCUUAUGCUUCUGAGGAUAUUUUGUCUCGGUGGUAUGUCACAACUACAGAUUUUGCAACGGUGGAUAUUAAACCUACAAGAAGUCGGUCGACUAUUGAGCCUACGAAGCAUAUGCCGCAGGCACCAAAUUUCAAGCCAACUGUUAAUAGCAGAACAAAGAAGCUUUCCUUAGUUGCAGGAAAAGCAUGGAGUUAUACUAUACCUAUUGACACUUUCAUUGAUAUGGAAGAUGGUAAUACUCGAGAUUUGAAAUUAAUGUUUUUGACAUCUGAACGUACAUCGUUGCCUUCUACAUCAUGGAUUCAGUUCGACCCUGAGCAUCAAGUGAUAUAUGCAUUGCCAAUGAGUGAAAAUAUUGGUAAACAUGAGUAUAUUUUAGAAGCCAUGGACAGUGAGGGAGCAUCUACAUUCGACAGAGUGCAGUUACAUGUAUGGCAACAUCCGCUAGAGAAAAGUUUAACGCAUUCCUUUACAAUGACCGUAAGAUACAGUAAAUUUCAAUAUCCUGUUGGUAUAGAUUGGCAGAUUGAAAUAUUAAAUCGAUUAUCUAAGUUAUAUAAAGAUCCAGAUAAUUCAAAAUUAAGUGUCUGGAAUGUAACGCUGGAUCCAACUAAAAUAACCUGGGCAAAUGACACUCUUCCCACGGAUCAUUGCCCUGUAGAAAAGAUAUUGCAACUUUACGAUGUUUUCUCAACGCCUGAUAAUUAUCCAACAAAGGAAAUGAAAAAGGUUAUGGUACCUGAAUUCAAAGUUCAAGACUUCAGAGUGAAAUACAAAGGUGUUUGUCACGGCGUAAUCACGACUCCUCCUCCUCCGCGCAAUUCUCUGCCAAUUCUUAGAAAUCCGAUAAGAGAAAUAAAUGUUUCUGUAGGAGAUAUUAUAAAAUAUAGAAUACCCGAAAAUACAUUCCACGAUUUUGAGGAUGGCAGCACUCGCCACCUCCAGUUAACACUUCUUACGUCGGACAACGUGCGUCCUUCUAAAUCGUAUUGGUUGCAAUUUGAUCCUCGCAAUCAAGAAAUUUACGGUCUGCCUUCUGAAGAAGAAGUAGGCCGACAUGAUUUCUUGCUCACCGCCAUGGAUAGCGAUGGUCAAACUGUCCCAGAUUCUUUCAUUAUUCAUGUACUCCGAAUGCCUUCUUCUGAAAGACCUCCAGUGGAAUUCAGUAUUCGUUUAGACUAUGAUUUCGAGGAGUUUGCAAGCGACACCAGUAAAAAAACUUUAGUUGCAUCGAAAAUAGCAAGACUGUAUGGAGACCCUGAUACUCAGUACAUAAUUGUCACAAACAUAACUGGUGGUUCAACUGUGUACGCAUGGAGCAACAAAACUUUGCCAAUACUUCAUUGUCCCAAAGAAAAAAUAGAUAACUUGGUAAAAUACAUCAUCACUGACAACGGUACACUUUCUUCGAGUCUUACAGAAGUCAUGGAACCCGAAUUCAGAGUUAUAAGUGCUGACGUUGUACCACUGGGAGCGUGCUUAAAAGGAAUUGCACCAACUUUUGUCACGAUAACUACGACUACAGAGCCAGAGUUACCAGAGGAUUUAGAACCAACUAUAAAGACGUCGCGAGAUGAGGAUAUUUAUAUAACUACAAUAGUUCCUGCCAUCGUUAUUGCAGUCAUGUUAGUUAUUGCAGCUAUAGUAGCUUACUUUUUGUACUGGAAAAAGAGGAAAGGCAAAAUGAGCUUAGGAGAUAAAGAUUUCAUCGGAAGCGGAGUUCCUGUUGUGUUUGCUGGAGAACUGGAAGAGCAAAAGCCAGAUCCAGGAAAAACUCCAGCGAUUAUGAAAAAUGAGAAACCUCCCCUUUCGACAGACCAUCUAAUCAACCCAUUCAGGAGAGGCACAGCUGCUGUCCGAGAUUCAGCUCCUCAAACAGCGGCUAAGACUCGAGACGGCCCCUCUCUCAGAGAACGCAAAGACACCUCCACCCUUUACAAACCUCCACCACCUUUCGCAUCUAGUAGAGAAGCAAAAGGUACACGUCCCAAAAGUACCCAAGCAUACAGGCAUGCUACGUACGUCCCACCUUAAGUAGCCUAUCGAAGCCUUACAUUUUGUAAAUAUUCCCUUUUCCAAAGGAAAACUGGUAGAAAAGUUUCCUGCUUUGUGAUAACUAGAUACAAUACGAUUAUGAGAAGCCUGAAAUCUUUAAUAUGGCACGAUUAAAUCACCUGUCAGGAAAUAAGUGAUAGCGUGUAGUUUUUAAAUCGUGUGCUAUAAUUGUAUUAUGAUUUUGUGCUUUUUGAAUGCGAGUGUAAAAUAACUGCAGUACAUUUUGAAGCAUUAUACUCCUUAACGGCGGUUGCAAAAUUAUGAAAAAGCAAUCAUUUUAUUUAGGUGUUAUUAACCGUCGUUAUUAUUUAUAACAAAAGGUGCUAUAUAUGAAAUGCUAUUUAAAUCAAUUUGCUGCUGAAUGAGUGACGUCUCCAGGGCAAAUGCACAAAUGUGAAAAAUUAAAAGUGUUCAACCUACUCAUAUGUGGAUAUUUUCAUUUUCAUACAUUCACUAAAAUAAAAAUUUGCGCCUAUAUCAGAACUUCUAUGCCGAGAUAAAUACAAACACCUUAUACACGCUCUACUAUUAUGCUACAGUUUAAAAUGGAAGUUCAGAAGUGUUCCAUCUCAUAAUAUUUCACAUUGCUUCUGAAUUCCUGUUAGCUUUGAAGAAAUCCUCUUCCUAAUAAUGUUUUAUUCAACUUGUAAACAUAUUUAUCUACUAUUUAUAUGUGCUCCCAAGGCUAAUGUUUUAGAAUAUUAUUGCCAAAAUUUGGAUUUACAUGCAUAACUGUGAAAUUUGAAAAACACCUGAAAAUCAUUCUCUUGCAAUAAUUUAUGGUGCUUAUGAACUAUUAGGCGUAUUACAUAUUUAAAUUUUUCCCUUCCCUCAUCAGUACGGUUUUGAUAAAUAUAUAUAACUGCAAACCAAAAUACAAUAAUGAACUCUUUCUUAAGUUGUAUUAUAAACUUUUGUGUGUAACUAGACAAAUUUAAAAUGCCUUUUAGAAGUCAAUUCUACUUCUGGUUCAUAAAGUUGGACUACGCAUACGCUUGUCUCUAUUAUGUGUACAAACAUAAAUCUGUAAAAAAGAAGUUUCUUUGCUAAAUGGCAAUUCUUGAAUCAGCUUCACGAAUCAAUCGUCUGCUAAGAAUACCGCUUUAUCUUUCACGAAUUAUUAGCAAGUAAAGAAAAGACGUGAGUAUUACUGAACUCAAAGCAUUGAAAAUAUUGAUUUGGGAAUAGACGGGAAAAAAAUUAGUAAGAAAACCGAAAAACACAAAGUUCUAUUCUAAUUACCCAUGCGGUAGUAACAAGGGUGUAGCUUUAAAGAGCUGAUUGUAUAUAAGACAUGAAUGUGACCAGUUACUGUCAUUUCCCUCUCACGUCAAAAAUAACAACGGAAAUAAAAGUGAAUAUAUGUAACACAAUGAUCAAAAUAAGGAAAGAUGCAGAGUUCGAAUGCCUGCGUUUACUUUACAAGAUACUACUUUCUUAAUUUUCGCGUAGGUCACAAACGAAAUGUUUGUUCUACUUGGAAAUGAGAUGGUUCAUUCCUAACAAAUUCGACUCUUUUCUUGAAUAUGAAAUCAUUGAUUUUCAUCGAAUUCUGAUUUUUGCGUUUAUCACAAUUAAAAUACACAAACUUUUUAACUAACUCUUUAUGGUCAACUCUGAGAGGUCCAUGGAAGCAGCUGUCAAGUGGUCCUUCAAAUCGUAUUCCUCUUUUUCUUUUGAAUGUGCUAUGCUAUUCAAGCCAAGUGUUAGCUAAUAUUUAGCAUUUUUAUUUAGCUUAUGUCACUGUAUAUACCUGUGUGUGCAAAUGCCAAUUAUUUUCAUGCAACAAUAUCAAUUAUUUUUCAAUUAAAUGUGUUGUUAAAAAUUGCUAUAUGUACUUAAAGGACACUAUAUUGAAGUUAAAAAUGUACAGAAGUUUAAAGUUGUUGCAAAUGUAGAUUUAUCGUAGUUUAAAAAUCCUGAAAAUGUACAUAUAGAUUGAGUGUUCCACUUGGGUUAUGUUUUUGAAUUCAACCUGUUUGGGUAAAACCGUAGAAUAUUGUCCGAUUGGUGCUAUUCACAUACUGAUGAUUCAAUCAUUUGUUAUAAAAUGCAGGUGAAAUGUUUAGAUGCACCUGUUUCAUGCCAAAAAAAAAAAAUUAUGAGAGAAAUUGAAAGAAUAAAGUAGAUCUUUAAUGGUCUGGCAGUUUGGUGGUAUUUUUUUUCAUAUUUGGUAAUGAGUAAUGUUGCCGAAACGAACCGGACAGUAUUCUUCAGUUUUGCUGCUGUUGAAUAGUAUUUUUAUUAUAAGGUGUGUUCAUUCAUGUUGGUUGUACUCCUCUUCUUAGAAUUAUUUUAUAUUAGACAUGUGAUUGUAUUUUACUUAUCAAAUAGGAUAAGUAGAAGUUACGCUUUUGUACACUGUACAUAUAUGCUGUAUAACGCAAAGCUGUAGGCAUCUUAAUUAUAUACAAACAUUUUCCAAUAUUUUGUUAAAUCUAGGUAGGCAAACUUAAUAAAUUAAAAUAAACUGAAAUUAUAAUAUUAAAAGAUUACAAAAGUAUGUUUGUAAUGCCCUCGUUUAAUCUCCAUCUAAUAAAUAACUCUCUCACAAUAAUACCAUUAACCAUUUUUUGUAUUAUUGAAACCUUUAACCUUGCUGUUUACAACUUCUAGAUUCGUAAAUAGGACAUGACAGCAAAAUUUCUUUAAAAAUUUGUUUUUAAUUGGAAGUAUGCUUGUAUAUCCCGUUUAAAAAACUUCCUGAAUUUAAUUAACUUUUUUUUUUUUUUUUUUUUUUUCAGUGAAAUAGAAAUUACAUCCGUUGAUCAAUUAUAUUUUUAAUUCUACUUUCCUGAACAUAAUUCGGAUAUUUCGAAUAUUUUUAUAAGUAAUCACCGUAAUUAAUAAAAUCCAAAUACUAUCAUCACUAAAAUGGCAUAACACUAUAACCAGAAUACAAGUUAUAUUCAAUCCUUUCACAUAUCUUUCAGCAAUUCAGUUUAAUUAACGAUUUUUAGCCGCGUUUUUAUUCUUUGAAAAAUUACUCUCGUUUUACUGUGUUUAAGCACUCAGUUACGUAUCCUGGCACAACUCAUCUACAUUAUGAAUAAGCAAUAAAAUUUUGUAUAUAAUAUCCAGAAAGAAAAGAAUAAGGUAUUUUUUUCAUUAACUACUCCUCAGUACACUUUUUAUUCCUAUCACCGACAGCAUAUAACAAAUAAAAACAUGUAGCUGAUAACACUGGGAUCUUGAAAAUAACAAACAAACAAGAGCACAAAAGAAGGAAUUUGUCUAUAUAUUUCUUGACCCCCAAAACCAAGAAAUUUCAUUCUUCGGAAUGAAACAGCAGUUUCCUUGUCCAGCUUUAGAUCACAAAUUGAGCAGAAAAGUUCGGUUAAAUCCAAUACAGUGCAAAUGAGUGAUAAUACAAUCGUGUGAUCUUGUUUGACUGCCAUUAUUUUUAACCGAAGUUUAUCAAGCGCAUUUCUCAGAUACUUCUUCGUGUAAUAUUUAUGGCUGUUUCUACUUCGAAAUGACAGCUAGUAUUUAAAAAAAAAAAACCAUAACACUUUACAAAAAGUAGCUGGCUGAAUAGUGAAUAAGAAAAGAUUCAUGGUUCGCACAUUGUAAAAAUUUGGCACACUAUUAUGGCAAAGAAAUCUGUUUGCGUAAUACUUUUAUGUGUACGUAUAGCAAGCCCGUUGCAAAAGGAUGUGCUUAUUUGUUAACUUCAAAUCUUGCUGGAAGAUGGCUCAAUAGAUGUCGAGGUCACAAUGAAACUAAGGUGGCAGCGAAAUGUUAACAUAAAUGUAACAUGUGAAGCCAAACAACUCGGGGACUCUGCUAAUUUAAGGCUCCAUAUUUUGGCUAAUCUAUUCUUAUUCUGGACUCUUAUUAAAAGACUUGGAGGCUCAUGAUUCUGUUAAAAAGGCUCAGAACUGAAGGGCUGUUUGCAAAUUUGAGAGUAAUAUUUAUUACCUUACAGAUUUCUACUAACGAAUCAACACGUUUGAGAGUAUUGUGAAGAACUUCCACCUCACAGUCAAAAAAAGUAAUAUCGAGUUUCUCGUCUAGACAGCGCAGGAUUCACGUAUAAGCUGCACAAGCUAUAGCUUAGGCCACCCCCCCCAAAAAAAAUUUCAAAUACAGUAUAAAUAUAGUAUAACAGACGUAUAAAGAGACGUAUAACAGACGUAUAUCUCAAAUAGCUUGGGGCCUUAUCAAGCCUAACUCCAGCUCUGCGUUUAGAUCGUAUAAAGUAAGUAACCAAGACAAGAUCCCCAGCACCUGCAUUCAUAUGUUUAUCAAACCGUAAUCCAUUUGUAUGCACAUAUAUGUAACCUAUCAUCUUCCUUGUAUUUAAUGCUAACAGCUUACAAACCUCGGAACCUUUGUCUGAGUAUCCUUUUUAUUAAUCUUUUCUUUUUUUAGCAAGACACGUGUAUUUACUCGCACAAUAAUUUAUUCCUAUUAUUUCUGGGUUUCUGUAGCGAGUGAUAAUUUAUGGAAAUUUGGAAAUUUUUCCUGCUAUCCAGAAUUUUUCAAAUAAAUUUGAUUCGGAUCUUAAUAUUUCAAGGUUUAAUUUGAUAAUUUUUCUAAGCAAGGACUAUAAAGCUUGAGAGUUUUUAUAUAAAAUUAAAGCUUCUAAUUAUUCUACUAAUUUUAAAGAGGUUUACUUUAAGUCAAUAACAACAUUGCAUUAUGUAAUGUGGAUGGCAUUGUCUCAAUAAUUAUGUUUAAUAUCGAAUUCAUUCCCUCAGUGUUAUGUAUGAAAGCAGUUAAAAGGGUCUAGAUUAUUAUAUCAAAAGACGAAAGCUUCUACAUAUUGUUAACAAAUGUACAAAUUCUAUAAUUUUCUUAUUCAAUCUGCUAUCAGUUUUAAUCGUUUCCCUAACUCGACGCUUCGCUUAUGUAUAUACAUACACCAUAGAGACUUAAAUUUUGCAUGAAAAUACAAUGUCAUUAAUUGAUUGGUUUAAUCUAUCUGUGCUAAAUAAUCCUAAGUGGUGUAACUGAAAUCUGAAUAACACCGUGCGGUGUUUUAGUAAGCGUUAAUAUGCGGAAAAUUGUCUUUCUUUGUGUAAUUGGCAGAAUACACUGUCACUAAAUUGUGAUUGGUUUAAUCUAAUCUAUCUGUGCUAAAUAAUCUGAAGUGGUGUAACUCAAAUCUGAUUAACAUCAUGUAGUGUUUUAGUAAGCGGUGAUAUGCGGAAAAUUAUCUUCUGUAAUUUGCAAAAUCCAGAAAACAAAUUACAUACAUUAAUUAUUCAUUCAGUAGACAUCAACUUGCAUAAAUUCACAAAUAACUACCUCUUCCCCUCAAAAAAAGUAUAUUUAAAUGACAUCCAACAUGCAACUGAAAGAAUUUCUUCCAUGCUCAAAACACACUGGUGUAAAAUUCAGAUUAAUAUAUAUAGGUUAUAUUUCAUUGUAUUAUCAUAAAGAAUGUAACAGAUUAAUUUUGAAUGCUUCUGUAAAGAAAUGCCAGAACAAAUUUAAGGUAUUUCAAAUGUCUUUUUUUAAGCAAGUCAUGAAAGAAUCAAUGAAAAUGUGUAUUCUGUUCAUAACCAAUAUUCAUGAUUCAUUAAGUAUUUACAGUCUGUGAAUUUAUUUUAAAGAAAAAGAGUUUUAAAAAUUCUGAAUAAAUUGUAUUGCAACUGACAA